UUAAAACAAAACACAAUUAUUGCUAUUACUCUACAAAAUAACACUUUUAAUUCAAAGUAAAAAUUAUAACUAAAAUAAAUGCUAACUUUUAUAAGAAGACACACCGAGUUUAAACACUGGGUAUACUUUGCCGUAUCGGUGAUACUGGUGGUGGCGUUUGUCAUAUAUCUAAGCCAUGUCUACACCGAUGAUGAGCCCAACAAUGUAUACUACUUGAGCACCAGCACCGGCAACAACACUUCCCAGUACACCAUAACCAACUUGACAGGUCCAGGUGCUCAGGAGACUGAGCAAACAGGACUACUACCUAGUUAUUACAUCGCUUCAAUCGUGGUAAAUCGGGCUCACAUUAACCGCAUUAUAACACAAAGUCUCGUCACAAAUGAGACCGAUUACAGUAUAGACUUUCCCGACUUUGGUCCCGACCACGAGAACACCGGCGAUACCAUUACAUCAGCCUAUGUGGAGGUGUCGGUGGACAACGAGGUCAGGGGUCGUACGCCCGACCGGUCCGACACGUGGGAACCGGUCUGGGAUUAUAAGGCGGCCGAUGGCGUCAAUGUGACCAUUAAUAGUGUUGUUGAGCUAACUCUAUACUACUCUAUGGGUCCGAUGUCUGAGCAAAUUGAUCACGUGGUUGUGCCCGUACGCCAAUUGGUGAUCAGGGGCUCAAAUGGCCGUUCAGAGAGGGGUAGGUUUGUGGGAGGAUGGCUUAUGUUUACAGUGAGCUGGCGGGAGGUUUUUAUCUCGUAA